AUGUCGGGCCUGUUCGGCAGCGCGUCCUCUUCUUCGUCGAGCAACACUGUUGGCGACCUGAAGCAGGACAUUGCGCUCAGCAACCCCCCGGAAGACAGCAUCUCCGAUCUUGCCUUCUCGCCCGCUCAGAACCAGGCCAGCGACUUCUUGGCAGUGGCCAGUUGGGAUAAGAAGGUCAGGAUAUACGAGAUUGCACAGAACGGCCAGAGCGAGGGACGACACGCCUACGAACACGAUGGACCCGUGUUAAACUGCGACUUCUCCAAGGAUGGCACAAAGGUCCUCUCCGGCGGCGCCGAUAAGGCCGUCAAGGCGUGUGACCUCGCGUCUCAGCAAACGAUCAAGAUCGGCGAGCACGAGCAGCCGGUCAAGUGCGUCCGCUUCUUCGACUCGGCCAACGGCACCAUGGCCGUGUCGGGCUCUUGGGACAAGACGGUCAAGUACUGGGACAUGCGGUCGCCCACACCGGCGGCGACGCUGACGUGCCAGGAGCGCGUGUACUCGAUUGACGUGCGCAACGACCUACUCGUCAUUGGCACGGCCGACCGAUACAUCAAUGUUGUCGACCUCAAGAACCCCACAAAGUUCUACAAGACACUUCAGAGCCCGCUCAAGUGGCAGACCAGAGUCGUCAGCUGCUUCACCGACGGCGCCGGUUUUGCUAUUGGCAGUAUCGAGGGCCGCUGUGCGAUCCAGUAUGUCGAGGAUAAGGAUGCUAGCUCCAACUUUUCCUUCAAGUGCCACCGUGACCCCCCGGCGAACAAUGUCACAAACGUCUACGCUGUCAACGACAUAUCCUUCCACCCCGUGCAUGGUACCUUCAGCACCGCCGGCUCGGACGGCACCUUCCAUUUCUGGGACAAGGACGCGAAGCACCGUCUGAAGGGAUACCCGAACGUCGGUGGUAGCAUCACGGCGACGACCUUCAACAAGAACGGAUCCAUCUUUGCGUACGGCAUCAGCUACGACUGGAGCAAGGGUUUCCAGCACAACACUCAGCAGUACCCCAUCAAGGUGAUGCUUCACCCCGUACAGGCGGACGAGUGUAAGCCUCGCCCGACGAUGAAGAAGCGGUGA